AUGGAGAAAGACUAUGAGUCUGGCCGCCCCGGCCGCCCCGGCCGUAUCUCGCACUUCCAACGAGUCCUCCACCAAGGAGUACUCAACGAAGAUAUCAUCAAUCAUCCCUAUAAAGGGACAGGAACCGAGAGUGACCCUUUCUUGGUCAUUUGGAUCGAUGAUGACCCGGUGAACCCGAUGAACUACCCAUUGGCUAUGAAAUGGGCAAUCACCAUCCUUGUCGGGAUGGCAACGCUUGCUGUGGCCUUCGCUUCCUCAGCAUACUCCGGUGGUGUCGCUGAGAUCAUGCACGAGUUUCAUGUCCCACAGAUCAUUGCCACACUGGGCAUUUCAUUAUUCGUCGUUGGGUUUGCUAUCGGGCCACUGCUAUGGGCUCCAAUGAGUGAACUUUUUGGUCGCCAGUACCUCUUCAUCGGCACUUAUAUACUCCUCACUGUUUUCAACGCUGGUGCCGCUGGCUCCAAAAAUAUGGAGACUCUAAUUGUGUUGAGAUUCUUCGCUGGCUCAUUUGGUUCCUCACCAUUGACCAAUGCGGGUGGUGUCAUUGCAGACAUGUUUCCUGCGUCUCAGAGAGGCUUGGCCAUGACUGUUUUCGCUUCUGCUCCUUUCCUAGGACCUGUCAUAGGUCCUAUUGUCGGUGGUUUCGUCGGUCAAAGCAUCGGCUGGCGCUGGGUCGAAGGCGUCAUGGCCAUUUUCACCGGUGUUCUCUGGUUACUCUUCACCCUCCUCGUACCCGAGACCUACGCCCCAGUCCUGCUCCGUAAGCGCGCCGCAGCACUAUCGAAACGGACUGGACAAGUCUACAAGAGCAAGGCCGACAUUGAUGAGGGCACCCAGUCCAUCGGCUCAGCAUUCAAGACGGCUCUCACCCGCCCAUGGAUCCUUCUCUUCAGCGAACCCAUCGUCCUGCUCCUAUCCGUCUAUAUGGCCGUCAUCUACGGAACAUUAUACAUGCUUUUCGGUGCAUUCCCCAUCGUCUUCCAGCGGGGUCGCGGAUGGUCGCAAGGUAUCGGCGGCCUUGCAUUCAUCGGUGUGGCUGUUGGCAUGAUCAUAGCCGUCAUCUACGCGCUCUGGGACAAUAAGCGCUACAACAAAGUCAUCGACGCCUCGCCCUCUGGCAUUGCUGCGCCUGAAGCUCGACUUCCACCUUGCCUUGUAGGCUCCAUCGCUUUGCCCAUCGGUCUCUUUUGGUUCGCAUGGACCAAUUCACGAAGUGUCCACUGGUCCGUCAGCAUCAUAGCUGGAGCGCCUUUUGGCUUCGGUAUGGUCUUGGUCUUCCUCUCGAUUAUGAACUACCUCAUCGACUCGUAUCUGAUUUACGCGGCGUCUGUUCUUGCUGCCAACUCAGUCUUGCGGUCACUGUUUGGUGCCUCGUUCCCGCUCUUCACUCCCUACAUGUACCAUAAUCUGGGCAUACAUUGGGCAUCGUCUGUUCCAGCGUUUUUAGCAUUGGCAUGUGUUCCUUUCCCAUUCCUAUUCUACAAAUACGGCGCUGCGAUCCGCAAACGUUGUAAGUUUGCAGCAGAGGCCGCAGCAUUCUUAGAGAAGCUAGAGGAGACUGAUUAG